CCAGUAUUGCUGUUCUCCAGCUGAGGCUGUUGACUAUGGAGAUGUGCGCGAGCUGAAAAUAAUAAACACCAGCGAUUUUAAUAUCGUAUCCUGAUUUUCUUUAUAUAAAUAUCGCGAAUAUGUCCGGCAUAAAUAAGACGACUGGAAAGUCUUCUGUGGUCUGUCCGCCCGUGAGCUGUUCACGCUUGCGGCAAGUUCAGGCUCUCCUGAAGGCUGAUGGUGAAACCGUUCCAGAUGGCAUCCUCUGCUCACUGGGUAUCGACAGCCGUUAUAACGAGGGCUGCAGUGAGUUGGCCAGCUACCUUUUCUUUGGUCUCUAUCAACACAACCAGAAGCAGCUCUGUGAAGAAUUUCCUGAGGAGGUGCUGGAUGAUUUGAUCCUUCUCAUAAAGGCAGAUAGUGUGCACCUGUAUUGUAAUCCUGUGAAUUAUAGCUACUUGCUUCCUUACAUUUCCCACUGGAGGAAUCUGCACCUGCACUGCAUGACUGAGGCAGAGUAUGAGGAUGAGGAAGCUGCAGAAGAGUUUAAAAUCUCCAGUUUUGUGUCCAUGGUUGAACACUGCAGUUGCAUUGGAAUACCCUACAGCUCUCAAAGUCAUGUGCAGAAGUUUGAUAUGUUCAUGUUGGAGAAGUGGCCCAUUAUUCAAGCAUUUGCUCUGGAAGGAAUAGGAGCUGGUGGGUUUUUCACCAUGAAAUACAAGCUGACUGAUAUGAGUGAGAGUCUUUGGGAGAUUUAUGGAAGACUAGACCCAGUGUCUUUGGACUAUCUGCUCAGUGAGGAUUUGCUGUUGUUUGAAAAGCAGUGGAGCUGCUUGUUUUCCAAUGUGAACACAGAGAGCCCACUGUCCAUGCAGGAGAUGUCAGAGGCUCAGACUGCAGAGCCAUUCAGGACAUAUUACUCCCAUGGGCUCAUUUCAAGUAACAUCACAGAUAAAAGUAAAUGUCGACAACCAUAUGUACUGUUUGGGAGUCACUCCUCCAGAGAUGACCUAGAAAACUAUUGCUUCACCUUCCCCUCUGAGGGCCACCAGGUGCGCAACACUGGGCCUUGUGGGAGUGCCGCAAAACACAUGCUACUUCAGUGUGUGGCUCCUAAAGGCCCUCUGACAUGUGCAAGAACAUACUUCUUAGGCAGUACUCAUGCCCCAUACUUGGGGAAUGAUAACAGCACCACACAGAUGUCAUCAGAAGUCAAGCUCCUUACACAGAUCUACACAGCUGCUGUUCAGUCAGUGCUGGCAGGAAUAAAAUGCUUCUCCAUCAACUCCAGCGCUAGCAAGGCAAAGGAUGUAGCAGAGCAAACAUUUCAUCUGGCUUUGGAAACCUUUGGCAUGCAGCAGUACAAGAGUGCUCUCAGAUCUAAAGCAGUAUUCAGCAUCGAAGCUGUGAACAAUGUAGGCAGGGUUAUACCUCUCAGUGAUGAGCACAGUCGCUUUCUGGUCAAAACUGCCUCCAUGGCAGUGUAUGAUAUUCCAGAUCUCCAGUGGGGAGGAGGAGAUCUGGGAUCCGUAGUCUUCUCUGAAUCUUUCCUGGAGUCAAGCAUCUACAUUCAGCAAGGGGAUGGAGCGCUUGCGUCAAACAGCUGCUUCACUCUGCUUACAUCUUCAGUCCCUCGCUAUAGUUCCUGGAUGGUGGAUGACUCUGAUAUGAGAUUGUCUGAGCAAGCUCUGAAGUUGCUGAAGGAGGAGAAUGGGACAUGUUUAGGGGUUCCUCUAACAACAAAACACACAGCACUGGUGUUCUCUAACGGUUUGCUUUCUACACCUGAAGAAGGGAAGCUGGUGUUUUUUUCAGAGGGUUUAUUGAUUGUCCAUCCACAUUAUGGCAUUGUCACUCUGUCUAAGAAUCAUAUCAGAAGCAUCAAAGUUUAUGAUGGGGACUCUUUCUCCGAUGCUACCAUGCUGUUUAUUGAGUAUGAGUCCUCUCUGCUUCCACACCUACCUUUUCCUCUACACAGUGCUGAUUGUUGCCUGGCCAUCGCUCUGAUGCCCAAAACCAAGGGUUACAAAGACUUUUACUCACAGGUCCUGCAGGUUUGGAAUAAACCUGAUUCCAAGCUCCAUGUGCGGCAUGUUGCCCAAGACCAGCUGAUUGCGGACCAGAUGAGCAUGUACUCCAGAUUACUGAAGUUUCAAGAGGCACAUAGUUCUUCUGCAGUAAAUAUCAGAGCAACCCUGAAGACUGCUUAUCCAGACCUGCCAGAUAUGGACAGGUUUCUGAAGCACUUUGCUAUCAGUAGUAGCAUCUGUGAGGAGUCUGUGUAUAGUGAUCACCUAGCAGCACUAUUCUCAAACACACACCCCAAAUCAGCUGCUCCUGAGUCAGAGCAAAAGGUGGUCCUUUCAAUCAUAACGGGUUUACCAGGCAGCUAUAAAGAGAGUUUGUGUGAUUUUUUGGUGGAUGUGAAUCAGGAAUGUUGCAGGUGGGAGGUAUAUCACCCUGACCUGGACUCAAAAGAGCUAUGUGUGCCACAUCUCCAGAGGUUCCUGAGUAGUCUAGUGGCCAAAACAAGUCAUACAUAUUUAAACGCCCCAAGAGUGCUGCUAAUGACACCAGGGUAUACAGACGUGUUGGAUGUGGUUCAAGCUGUCAUAUGUCACCCAGACCCACAGGUUCAGAGCAGAGUCUCUUUGGGUGCUGUCACAGCGUGCGUCGACCCACUAACAUCCUUCAUGGAACACAGGCUUCUCUUCCCUAAACUCCUGGAGCAGUGUAGCCACGGUAUAGUGAAUAAUGUGGUGUUUACGGGUUUGACUGCUGAGCAGAAGCACCCUCUGUUGAAAUACACGCAGCAGCUCAUCCGUUCAGCGAAUCCCAGUGCAGCAUUUAUCCUAGCUGAAAGAGGAGCUGUGACCAGAACGGAGGACAUGCGGCUGAUUCUGAGUGACAGCAGUUUUUAUCAGUCUCAGAUGAUCCGAGCUAGAUACCUGCUUUACCCUGGCUGGUGGGAGGGCAGAUUUGUUUCUGGUUGUGGAUCUAUAGCGAUGUCCCAACAUUGUGUACAGUUCAACCGUCCUCUAGAAAGAUCCUUAUUUCUGCAUUGCUGCAAAGGAUUAAAGUCAUCCCUCAGAGGCAGCCCUUUCACAGGAAACAUCUAUCACAUCACUGGGAAAGUGCUCUUUUCUGAUAGUGACAGGUUGUGGGAGGUGAGCUGUAACUCCAUCAGUGGAAAUGUGACUGUGGCCCUUGAUCAGAGCUCAUCCUGUAGCCCCCAAAUCACACAAACUUGUUACUUGCUGAUCCAUGGGGUAGGACUCACCCACAACGGCCUGAAAGACUGGCUCCGACAGUGUGCUAAACAGAAAGCACCAAAGAAAGCAAAGAAGACAAGGAAUACUCUUACAGCCCAGGAGAUCAGAAAUAUCCAUAUGAAGAGACACCUUGAUCCUCUCCCUCCUGGUUACUUCUAUAAUGGCUAUCAGUUUGUCAGUUUCUUUGGAGAGAAGCAGAACAUCCAUCCUUUAAUGGACCAGUUUGUAGAGGAAUAUCUCCAGGAGGUCAAUAUGGAGAUCGAGCGCUUUAACACUGAGGUGGACCUGUACGCACCCAGGGAUCUCUUUGACUAGAGUUCGUCCUCUGUCCUCUUCACACUGGAUGGGGUUUCACUCUAGGAAUAAUGAUGUCAAAAAGAAUCUGUUCACUCUACUAUCCAAAUAAUGUUAAGGGGAUAACAAAGACACUACGGAAAGGGUGGGGUUGGCCACUUCAUAAAAUCCACACUAUAAAUUCAGGGAAAAUCACUGCAGUGCAGAUGAUGAGAGAUCUUCACCCAUCUCAGUACCACUCUCUACUAUUUCUUCUAAGACAUUCCUUCUGUAAAUAGCACAUGUAGCAUCUAAUGGAAAAAAACUGAGUGAAAGGUGACAUGAGAUCAUAUGUAUAAUGAAAUAGUAAUAAAAGCAUUAUGCUGCAUUCAUAAUUGUGGCAAUUAGUAAGAUCAUCUUAACCGUCUUUGUGCUCUGAUGGUCUUAAAUCAAGCCUCUCCGCUCUAAUGUAUUAAUCUGUUCACACAUACGCAUAUAACUCUGAAUGAAGGUUUAGUAUCGCUGCUACAUAAUAAUCAUAACAGAUGAAGCAUGCUGCGAUUAAAAUUCUCUCUUUCUAGUAAACGUCCCCAUAAUGUAUAUAAUGUGAAUAUAUUAAUAAGGAGAUCCUGUGGUCCAAGUUUCACCUUAAUUCCAGUACCAUUUACUCAAAGUGCCAGAAUCAUAGUUAAAUGCUAAUAGAGUUUGUCAGCAGGAGAAAACUUGCACUAAUAGGAGACGCCUCAGAAGCCCACAUCCAGGGGAGUGCAGAUGGGGAGACAGAUGUGAUGUUUCAUCAGUCUGUAGACUCCAGCUGUGGAGCUGUGGUGAUCAUCUCUCAUCUAUGGCAGAGCUCAGCCAAUCAAUGGCAUUAGACUGAAGUGGCCAAACUAGAAAAUUCCACCGGGACAGGGUGGGAGGAUAGGGGUUACGGGAUAUGCGUUACGGGCAAGAUGGUUAGGGAAGGGACAGUGGUCAAACAGUUUGAUGGGAAUCUGAGUUUCUAGUUGAGUGGUAGGUUGGGCUGUAGUAUGAAUUUGUGAUGUGUAGCAACAAGGUAAAACCUUGUGGGAUAAAGGCUUUUCUGUCAAGCCUAUUUUCCAAUUAAUGCGUGUAGGGGGUUAAAGAGAAUCAUAUAUUAACUUUCUUUGACUAAAUUGUGGUUAAUGUGUGUUUAUUAAAGCCUGUAGCGGUGAAUCUAAUAUGUCUUGUUGUUUGCAGGCAGAUUUAGCUCUUCACCUGGGGUCUCGCUCCUCUAUGCAUGUUUACUCAAGCUAAAUAGGCACAGCAGGGGAGAAGCAGUGUCAUUCUCAAACACACAGUCUUCUAUUUGAUCUUGCACCUAUAAGACGAGUAUUAAAGAAGCCGAAAGUAUAGAGCUUCAAAAGUGUAUAUUAUGAGAAAGAAAUGUGAAAGGGGGUGGGGAUGCACUUCCAAAGAAAUUCAGACACUGCUGCUCCUCUCUGUGCUGCAAGAAGAAAAGGUAUAGUAGUGGAAUUCUAUAUAGGUAUUAGCACUCUGUGUGCGCUAGGGUAUUCUCACCUUAUCCAGUAUAAGAGUAUAUAACAGUUGCUCCGGUCAUUGAUAUGCUCGAGAGGUGUGUUACUGUCGCUGUUGCUAUGGAGAUUUACAAUAUGGCACACUUGCCACUAUCACCAUGGAGACUUACCACUUCGUACCUUUUUAGCAAUCAAACACAGUUUGCUUCAAGGUAGCACCCUUUUCUUGGUAUAAACUCUUUAAGUACAGGUUAUUAUGAGGAUGUGUGUCCACUGCUUGGUAAAAGGUGAAGUCAGACCAGCUCACAGCAGGUUGACUGACAGAGCUUUUUCACUGAGCAGUUGCUCUGUGCGUUAGGUAAUUUCUGUUGCAUCUCAGACACAAAGAGCAGCUGUCCUGGGGCUCCAUAAGGCUUCUAUAAUCUGUAGUUCAGAGCAACAGUCAUUUUUAGCACAUACUAUCUGCAUGUGUUAAUAUGUCUUACUGAGGUAUAUUUAUAUUUAUAACACAAAUGCCUUUCACCAAACUGGUACUACAAAGAGGAACAAAAAAACUCUAUUUUGCAUAUCUAAAGAGAAUUGAAUUACCUAGAGAGGAAAACAUGUAUUUUUAUAAGGCUGUGAAUUUAAAAUGCAAAAAAAGCUGAUUCAAUUAGGAGUACGUUUUGCUCCUGUAACUUAUUUCAGAGGCUUCCUAUUAGGCUGACUGAAGUGCCUUGGCCAAGAGAAGCAGGCACAUUGCCAGGCAGAGGUGAGCACCAGUGUUGGUGAAAGGAUAAGCAGAGUGUUUGUCUUAUUUGUGAAGGGUCAGAUGCUGGCUGGCAAGAGGGCACUGGAGGGCAGCAAAUCAAAACUUUCAACAAAGACAUAUCAGUGGCAGGGUAAAGACUAAGGCUUGAUUAAGUGGACUGGAUGUUAUUAUAAAGACAUGAAAUAGUUGGAUGAAUGAAUGCAAAUUUGGCAAUAGGGUUGGUCUUUAGUUUUCUUUCAGAGACCAAAGUGAGGCCCUCCAGGCUGUCCCUAUAACGCUGCCUGCCAGGUUCUCCCUGUUCACUGUAUCUGUGGAGCUGAGGUUAGAGGACUAAAACAGAGUUUGGUGGCAGAGAAUGAAUUAGCCUUUUAUAUGUGAAAAAUUGUUUGAAUUAAAGAAAAACAAAUAUAUUUUUUGUUAGCUGGAGGGUCACAUCCAUGUUCCAAAAGGCCAUUCCUUAAACUGAAGCACUUUUUAAAAAUUUUUAAAUAAAAAACUAGAAUCACAGUUAUCUUGGAUUUGGCCUCCAUUGGAACAAUAUUAUUAUUCAGCAAUAUAUUAAACUUGCUAUAGGUGCUGAUGGCUUGUUCCUGACCAAAGUAUCUCACUCCCAUCUGUUAACCACUCUUUGAAAUCUGUUCAUUCCUACAAUCAGCAGAAGCCCAUCAGAGACUACUUCUGCUUAAGACACCUUUCUUAUGUUCUCAGGUAUAAGACCAUAUUGGCUGUACCACCAUAUAUAAAUUUCCUAUCACAGAUGACAGAGACUUGGUUUUGCUUGUUUAUGCUAAUCAGGUUACAGUCGGUGGUGAGAGGAGCUUAUUAGGAAAACAGAAAUUUAAGGGCUAAUAUAUUCACAUUGCUGCUCAAGAUGUUUGGUAUGGAACAAGCCUCAAGGAAAGAAUUCCAAACCUAAAAUAGGAACAGUCAGUAUGUUUUUGCAUGCACAAUGAUGGACAUGUUCCCAUUCCAUCCAUGCUCUGGACAAAGUAAGAUUUCGGAACCGUUUUAGUCCUAGAGAAAAGAUAAAGGAAUAGAAGUAAUGAAUUCCUAAGACUUUACCUCAGAAUACCCAAUGUUUGGAGUUCAUACCGUAACUUGUGGUGAAAAUGGUUGUACUUGAAAAGUGCCAACAUGUUAAAGAAAUUCACUAAAGUGUGUGAAAGUUCAAAUUAUUGAGUUGUAUUUGCACAAAACUACUGAAACUCCUGUUUUUUUCCUGUGACUUAUGCUUUUUAUAAUCUAUAUGUUGUAUUUAUGAGAUUAAUUAAUCCAUUAAACUAUUUAUAACCCCA